ACUCAAAAUCAAAACAAUCACCUGUAAACAACACUUUCUUCGUUCGGUUCGUUCGGCUCGCAUCAGUGUUUAGAAUAUUUCCGUUAUUUUGUUCCUGCCUUCCGUUUCGGUGCAUGAUUCCGGCCGUCCCACGAUGGCCACGUUCAACCUGUCCACAUUCCCGGAGGUGUGCCGGCUGUGCCUACAGUCCAAGCAUCCGGAUGAGCUCGUUUCGGUGGACACCGUGCGGCCGCUGUUCGACCGCACAUUGGCCGACCUGUUGGAGGAACUGACCUUCAAGAUUCCGACGAAAGUGGUGCCGUACUUCCCCGGGGAGGUGUGCGCCAUGUGCCUGGAGGUGGUCGACUUUUUCUUCAAGUACAAGCAAAAGAUGAACUUUAUCCAUCAGUUUCUGGUGGCAUUUGUGGAGGUGAAACUGGGCAGUGAUCGCCCUUUGGUGAAACUGUUCAACGAUCACAACGAUUACUUUUCCAUCCUGUUCAAGGAUCUGGAUCUCUGCAACAAGGAGGAACUGCUCGUGGAAGAUAUGCUGGGCGAGUACUCGCAGUACAAGAUAGCUUCGAUGCCAGUUUUUAAGCAGGAGACUGAAUUGGAGAGUGCUUCGGAAGAGGAAUUGACUGUGGAGCCGGAAAGUUUUGAUUUUGAAAUUGAAGUCUUAGAAGAACACGAGGAGAAAGAAUCUGAAGCGUAUUUGGCUGAGCGCUUGCUGGAAGAACUAGGGCAGGUUAAGCAAAAUGCUGCAGGUGAAAAAGUGGUGGAGAUUAAAGCCGAGCCUGUUCAGUCACUGGGCUCUGAGGGACUCGAUGAUGUAGAAGAAGCGGUAUAUUCAGAAUCUGAGCGAAUAGACGACUCAUCCGAGAAAUACGAAGAAGUUACACAGGAUGUCGAAACAAUAAGCCAAAAUACCGAAGAAAUCCUUACAGAAGAGGAGCAGAGUAUCGCACGAGCCCCAGUCAAAAAGGUUGAUCAAAUCGAGCCAAAAGAAAUGUUCAAAUGUGGUAAAUGUAGAUACAAGACCCAAGUUAGAGAAGCACUGGUAAAACAUAAAAAACUCCACGAAGAGAACGAUCACCUGGAAGGAAUACACUGUCGCCAUUCGUCCUGUUUGAAAGUAUUUGCCUCCAAAGAAGACUAUCAGAACCAUCUCAAAGAAGGCCUCCACAAGCAGCACGUUUGUGACAUUUGUGGUGCCUCGCUCAAACACAAACAUUCACUGGAAGUGCAUCUGGCGCGCCAUGCAGGAACGACCCGCUUCCAAUGCACCUACUGCUCGUCUUCCUUCUACACGAAAACGGAGCUUCGGAACCACGUUCGGUCAAUUCAUACCACUGACGAGCGAUGGGAGUGUCAAAAGUGCAAAUCCGUGUUCAAGAAUCGCAAGCUGCUCAACCAACAUCUGGAGUCGCACGUGGAAGAACGCAACUUCAAGUGCGACGCGUGUGAUUUCGCGUUCAAGACGCUCCAGCAUCUGAAGAGGCACAUCAGCACGGUGCACAAGGCGGUUCGCUUCAACUGUGUGCACUGCCCGGCGUCCUACGGUCGGAAGGACAAACUGCGGAUGCACAUGGAAAGGAUUCAUAAUAUUCAAUCCUACUUUGUCUGUGAUAUUUGCGUGCGAACGUUCAGCAACGCCAAGGCACUCGCCGAGCACAAGAGCCACCAUGCCAAUCCAAUGCCACUGGAGUGUGCGGUCUGUUUGCUAGUAUUCGAGGACCGCCAAGCGUACGACGAUCAUGUUUGUAUAACCUACCGUGACGAUUACAUUUGCUGUGGAAAGGAUUUAAAAUUUCACAUCAACUUCAAUCGGCACAUGCUUUCGGAGCAUGGCGUUAAGACGAAUGCUAGGGUGAAACCCGCAAGUGGGAUGCUGGUGGGGCAUGUGAGGGCUACCAGGCGUAAGGGACCUCCGCACUGUCGGAUGUGUGGGAAGGAAUGUUCGACGUUGGUUCAGCGAAGAAAGCAUGAAGCGAACUGUUGCGCGGGGAAACGUGUGCCGCUUGUGAAGAUAAGUGGCGAUAGAACCAGUAGAGUGCAGCAACAGAUGGUGGAGGAAAUGGGUGAAGAAGAACAUUUGAUAGAAGACGAGGAGCAUCUCGAGGAUGAUAUGGUCGAUGAAGAGUUACAGUUUGUUAUUGAUGAGGAUAUGGAUGAUGCGGCGGUUGCUGAAUGCUGACACAGAAAGAUCCGACGGUAUGUAAUUGUAGAUGAUUAAUAAAUAUAUUUGUUGCGAA